AUGAGGAAAUUGAUUCGGGGGCGCGUGUUUGGGCAGCGGCGGGGCGGCCGCCUCCCCUCCCCGGCGCGCACCCCCUCCUCCGCGGCGCAGGUUUGGCGCUGGCCGUCCUCCUGCCUCAGUGCGAGCCGGCCGUCUCGAGCAGGCAGACGCGUCGCGACGGCCAGGGAGCGGUCCGCGCCGCACGCCGCACGCGGACGGCAGUCGCCGUGGUCGCUGCCCGACCCGCCGAUCGAAACUGCCAGCUCGCUUCACUGGCACUCUGCGUACUCGAGCCCGAAGCAGUCACUGGAAGUAAGUGGAGGAACGUCUGUGCAGAAGGAGGGGGCGACAGUUUUCUGGUGCGAGAGUGAGCCGGAUAAGACUACCGUGGUGGGGGGUUCCGUGUGCAAGAGUUGCCUGCCCUGCUGCGGCGCAGAGCCGUCCGCGCACGUGCACAAGCCUUCGGAACAACAACACCAGCAGCCGGCGCACCACCGCUACCAGCAGCAGCAGCAGCAGCAGCCGCUGCUCCCACGACAGACGGCACAGCCGGCCGCAGUGCAGAGCACCGCGGCGGAGCGCAGCGCGCACGUGUGUGAGAAGCGGGCCGAGGCCGAGACGCUGGCGCAGCCCCAGCCGCCGGCGCAGCCCCAGCCUCAGGCGCUGCACGACAUCGUGGAGGAGGAGGACCAGCUGCAGGAGCUGUCGCGCGCGCGAGCCGUCCGCCGCGGCCCGCAGCAGGAGCAGCAGCGGCGCCAGCUGGCGCUCAGCGUCGGCUCCAGCCCGUCGCCGCCACCGCAGCUGGCGCGCGCCGCCAAGUCGCGGCCGCGCACCCGCUCCGUCACCAGCACCACCAGCUCCGACACCAGCACCACCAGCUGCAAGAUGCAGGCCGAGCAGGGCAGCAUCGGCGACCUCAAGUCCUACCACAACCGCUACCUGCGCAACCGCAGGCACACGCUUGCCAACGUCCGGUAA